AUGAAAAUUCAAAUUCUAUUUCUCCUAUUAAAUGGAUUGCUGGUGAACUCGCAUCAGCAUCUUUUGAAAUUCGGAAUGCUUGAGAGGCCUCCGCAUUUCAUGGCGAAAAAUUCGACAGGAAUCGAAAAUGGACCGUACCAAGGAAGUUGGGUAGAAGCGAUCAAAUGGCUCUCAAGACGUCAAAAGUAUAAAAUAAUUCCCAUGAACAACAACAUUGCGGGUAAUCUUCAAAUUGUGAACGGAAGUGCCUCAUGGAGCGGAGCGUCCGGUCGUCUCCUUCGUGGAGAUUUCGAUUUGCUGGGUCCGCAAAUUUUAUUGUCAUCUGGUCGUAGCCGAUUCUUUGAUUUUGUGGGAGUUGCCGACGAAGAACCCAGCGCUCUACUUACUCCCGGGUUAACUGAAGAGAGUCCCAUUACAUCGACUAUCACACCUUUUCAACCAAUCGUAUGGUUAAUGGUGCUAAUCUCCUUGGUGUCGGUGACCAUCUAUUUCUCCGCUUCUUCAACCUUAAACCUUGGUGGCUCCAACAAAAAUGCGAAAUCGUUCCGUAUUGGUGACUAUUUUUUGUACACUACAGCCGUAUUGAUAAACCAAGGGUCCGUGUUUUGGCAACCAAACCACCAAUCACGAAUAUCAUUUCGUUUGGCGGCUGGUGUUUGGUGCCUGUUUGCCUUGGUUAUGGUCAACGUCUACAGCGGAACACUCACGGCCCACAUCACUGCUAGGAAGAUGAGUAUUCCACCCAGACAUAGUAUGAUAGUUAUGGAACAAGGAGUUCUAUCUUACCUUGCAUUUGAUGACGGAUUCGCCCGCGAAUUCAUCUUGAGCGCCACAACCGGGAAGUUGAAGAAAAUGGGCGACAUGUUUCGUCGCCAUCCUGAGAAUUUCGUUCCUGAUCAGGAGACUGCUUUUCAAAAAGUUGCAUCGGGUUGCUGUGCCUAUAAUGAUGUGGUGAACUAUUUAAAAUUCCGCUUGAGCAAGGAUUUUCAGGAAACUGGAAAGUGCAGAGUCCACAUUGGCCAACCCAUAAAAGAUUAUGGACUUUGUGGUCUGAUUCUUAGAAAGGGCGAUAUUCAUAAAACUUCAAUGAAUAAAGGAAUCCUGGAACUGUACCAAACUGGGCUUGUUGGACAUUGGCGCAAGAGAUAUUCGUUUGGUGAGUCACCUUGCGAAUCUCAAAAGAAAAAUAAGUCGAAAAAACUACGACGAUUGAACCUUCAAGAUCUGGCCAGCGCCUUUUUUAUCCUUGGCAUUGGAGUUCUGAUAUCAUUCCUUGUUUUCUUGGCAGAACAGUUUAGACGUUUGAAGUCCCAAAAGAAGCAAUUGCGUAACUAA